AUAUUUGGAUGUAAGCGUCUGUUCUUUGAGCGCGUAAAUCGGUCCGCAAACUGAGUCGUUCAGCACACUUUCGACCAUUUUCUUGUAGAGUACGUCAGUUGAAAAUAUGAGCCACAUACAAGAUUGACAAGACUAAGACGGUUACAGAUUUCUUCGUUUUUGCUUUAAAAGCAAACCAUGGAAAUGACCAACAACAUGAACAAAUUUAAAAGUGGCUACCUUUGAUCUCGUUAUGGAUAAAUUGCGAUUAUUGUUUGGUCAGCUUACAUCCCUACUCCCAUCAUCCGACUUCUCCGAUCCGGACCCUUGUAUUCGACUUCGUGAAGGAGUUGAAGCGUAUGUACAAAAGUCUAAUGAUGAAAACUUACUGUUUGAUCUUAAUGGCACAGAAGUUCAUGAGGCAUUUUAUUUGUGCUGUCUUAAUUUUCUGUACGCUUGUAAUGACUUAUAUGAAAGCAAUGCAGCCAACGAUAACGCUGACAUCCCUAUUUUCAGUGUGUUUCAGGAAAAACAAUUGUCUUCAUGCCUUCAAUUUGUUGUCGCAUAUGGCGUUUAUCCGCUUUUAGAAACCGGAGUUUCAUUGCCCUUAAGUAUGCGUUUGGAAAAUUAUGAAAAGUUCAUCUGUCCUCGGAAGGAAAAGGAUGAAGAAAGAAUUGAAAAACUGAUGAAGAUUAUCAAGUGUUUGCUUUCCUUGAGAGAGUCUAAAUCUUUUCAGUUACAACGAUUAGUCAGCACCACUUCAUUUCUGGGUGAUUUAAUUGCAAGUUUAUUUCAAUCUGCUUUCGGAAUGGAUUCAUAUUUACGAAGUAAUGAUUUCACUUCGGAAAAAGUUUCUUCGUUAAUGGCAUACAUUCGUGAAUCUCGAAAAAUUCUUUGGAAACUGUUGCUUGAGCUACCACGUCACAUUGCAAUGAAAGAAUUAAUGAUUCUUCAAGGUGGUACACAAAUUCGUGUUAAGGGAGCUGUUCAGUUACCCAAAGCACCAGUCUGGUUACGUAAAUCUUGUGGUCGUUUACUAUCUCGUUUGUUGGUCCAUCCAGUUGUUAUAAAUAAUACGAACGUUGAAAAAUCUGAAAAUGCCCACAAUUUAGGUGUUAGAAGCUUGUUACUAGCCUCUCUGUCUCUUUGUCCUGGGAUAUUACCUUCGACUGGUCCGAUCACUUCGAUUGAUCCACGUAUUCAACCAAAAAUGAUUUCAGCAUUGGCGAAUAUUUUGACAACAAUCCCCGAAUUUCUUCAUAAUUCCUCGGAUGAUUUGGCCAGUAGAUCAAGUUAUGAAAAAUAUUUUUCAUUAGUUUCUGUUCAGUUGUUAGAAAUAAUCAAUGCCAAGAAUAAUACUACGCCGAAUACUCAAACGGACUCAUUAGCUGUUGCUCAUUUCUUUUAUAAUGUCGCUAUAAAAUCAGUGCAUGAUUUAUGCCAUAAAUCUUCUGAAAUUAAUGGUAAUGAUGAUAAUAUUGGUAAAAAAUUGUUACUUUGGCCAUUGAUUGGGUUAUUAAGAAAAUUUUGUCAGAUAUCUUCAGUUGUCUCAGAAAAAGAGUUAGUAAAGGAUAACUCCUUGGCAUUUGAUUUUACCACGAAAUGUCAACUUGCUUCACAUCAUGAUCUAGCUUGGCUACUAGAAAUUAUAAAAGAUCUGUUGGAUUGUCCUGAGCCAUCUCAAAUUGUUAUAACAGAAUUAUGUAAAUUGUCUAGACCAUUAUUUUUAUUGUUUGCACAAACAAUUGAAGAUGAAGAUAACGUUAAUGAUUCAGAAAGCUUUACUUCACUCAAAGAAUGCUUAAUCUGGAUUCUUACUCGUCUGUUAUCUUCUGAUUCGAAUUCCCGUCUCAAUCGUUUGUCAUUAAUACGUAGUUGGUUUAAUCUACCUGCUCCAUCCUUGAAAUUUAUGCCAUCAGAACUACAACAUGAAGUGUCAAUUAUGAGUAGCACUACUGAUUGGCUUUCAGCUUAUUCAUGUCAAGAAAAUCUAAUGUUUAGAUUAUUAUCCAAAGUUCAGCCUAUGGAAUCUUCAUCCACAUCUCUAGAUAAAAUUACAAUGAGAAAACAUAAUUCAGUCUAUGUACCAUAUACUUGUGUCAUAAUAAACGAGAAAUUACCUACUGUUAAUGGGAUACAGAAUUUAUCUUCCAGUAUCAAAAGUCUUGUCACAUUGCUAUUUUUUAUGAGUCCAUCUUCAUUUCAAAAUAAUUCUUCUAAUAAACAAGUUGGACAUCAUUUGCAUAUUCUGAUAGAUGAAAAACAAAAUGAGAAAAAUCAAAUUAAUGAGAUCACUACUCAUGCAGAUCUUUUUCUGAGUUUAUUGACAGAUUUACAUUUCACUUUCCAAGCCAUUUUUGAAUCAAUGAAUGAAGCUCUUAUACCACAGAAUGAAAAAGACAUUAUUGAGAUUGGAACUGUUUCUUCAUUGAUUACUUCUGCUAUGAUUGAAAGUUUAGAUGAUUUAAUUUGGCCUCAAGAUAUCAAUCAAGCUUGUAAUUUAUUUGAGGCAUUGUUCCAUCGUUUCUGUUGUUUACUUCAACAUGCUGAAAAUCAUGAACAUGUGGAGUUUUUAUAUCAAAUGUUAAGUCAAUUGCUAGGAAUCUUAGCCUUUUAUGCUAAUAAACUUGGGUCUACUAGAGAUAAUGAAAUAAUAACUGCUCGAGAUGAAUUCGGUCGUUUAUUGCCAAUUUUAAAUAAGUUGGAACUUGUUAUCAACUCUCUAUCACACUCAAUGGGCAAUUCAACUUUAAAUCUUCUAAAAUGCAUUAAAGUUACAUUAGCCACACGUGGAGCUAUUCCUUGUCAUGAUUCUUUUUCAACUACGUCUGUAAAUAAUUUGUAUUUUACCAAAUGUAAUUUUGACAACGUAAAAGCUGAAACCCAUCAAUCAGAAUGUCCUCGAAAAAUUAUCGAAGAAGUUACUGUCUCCAACCCCCAGGAUGUGCAGCAGUCUGCUUGCAAUCAGCUAGAGGAUCCAACUUUGAAAAAGAUUUUCGAAGAAUUACAUGAUCCUUUGAUUCCUGUCCAAGGCCAUGCAUUGAUUGUGCUUAGUCGAUUGUUAGAAUCCAGAGAUUCAUGUAUUUGGGGCCAUGAACAACUCAUAUUUGAAGUGAGUUUCUUUAAACUUCAUCUUUAUCGUUUGAUGUAGCUACACUAUACCUUUCACUUACCACUUAUACAAAGUCCUCGGGUGAAAUAAAGAGCUUUCAGAUGAUACAAUCUUUUGAAACGAAAGUGGUUUUCUAAAAUCCCGAAUUUAAAUUCUGAAGACCCUUAUCACUUUUUAAGACAAAACGAUGGUUUUGAAUUUCAUUACUAUGUCACGUUAUUCUAGAAAUUCUAUCGAUAAAUCCUGUCGUAAUCUUUCGGUUUGUGUGGAGCAUCUUUUCUACAGUUAUUUUAAAUUUGGUUCGAUUUACCAACUCUGAACCUUAUUAGUUUUGUGGAGUUCGAUAGUGCUUGUUGUACCUUCAAGACGAACAUGUUCUUGGAUUGUAGUGUUUACCUGUAUAAUUACGCCAUUUGUUAUGGGAGCUAUUGUAUUACUCAGUCAGACUAUCGAUUUAUUCGCCCAUAUUUCCCUUAAGAUUAGUAACCUUUGUGUCUAAUAACACAACAAACUUCUCUUAACCAAUGGCUCAGUUAUCGUAAACAGUUACAGUGUAAUGAAUGAAGUCUUGAGUAGCAAGCUGAUUUAUUGUAUUGUGCGAAACCACACACUGCAUUUGUGAAAUAUGAAAACAAUACACUAAAUAUAUUAUUUGCCGAUCUUCUGAGAGUUGUCCCUUACAAACUCCGUUGUUUUUUAAUUCCUGUUUUUAUUUCGAUUGUUCCCUGGUUUCCUCUCCUAUCCGUUAGAAGUCUACUCUCAAUGACUGAUAGAUACUACUUAUAUCUGUCCGUACAAGUAGUACACACCGCCAUGUGCACCUUCUGAUCGGAAGACGAAAAUACAAAGUACAACGAUCCGAGCGGCUCACAAUUACGCAGUGAAGGUAUAAAUAAUAUUUUUCCUUAGACUAGUUCUGACAGUUCAACCCUUCUCAAAUCCUCUUUGAUGAAACUGUACUACUCAAGUAUCUAAACCUAAUUAAAUGAAGGAGGACUCUAAUCCGUUAGUUGCAAAUCGAGUGGUUUUAAUAACUCAAACUCGGCAUUUAUUAUUGCAUACCUUUAAAACUAUCUGUCCAUUUUUAAAUCUCCCUCUUGUUUUUGCACCCACACAUAUGUGUGUAUUCACAUACUACUAAAACUUUACUAUUUUCGAUUUAUCAUGUUAGACUUGGUAAUUAACUGAUUUAGUUAUUUGUGAUUUUUAGCACCGUUUAGUGUACUGCUGUUGAUUACAAGAUUAUAAAUUAUUCCAAUUGCUCUAAAUAACUCAAUUGUUCUUCCAAUAAAUUUUAUGCUAUUUCGUAAAUAAACUCAGUUACGCACUAACAUUCGGUUUUUAAGUUACAACCAACUGGUCUAUAUCUCUUUUCUUUACUUAUAAUAAUUUCUCAUAGGUAAUUUUAAUGCUUCACUUUGUUUAUUCAUACAUAAAUCACAGAUAUUAUUGCGAUUAUUUGGUUACUAUUUCCAUAAUUCAUUACAUACUGACAUGUAAUUCUGGUAAUUAAAUGAAUUAGGGAGGUGUUUACUGAUUAGAUCAGAUUUCAUUAAGUCUGUGGCCUUCGGUAUUGUAAUCACCAAGGUAAUUCGAUCAGAGCCCUUUUUUGUUGAAGACAUUCAUCUUGAAGCUAACCAACGAUGAGAACAUCGUGAUCAUCAAAAAAAUAUAAAUAAAGACGUACAAUUCUUACAUUUGAUUUUUGUUUGUUUGAUGUGAUUCCCAAUUUUCUACCGUUUAUUUUUUUCAAAUAUUUUGUUAAUCUAGGUUUUAACUAAAUAUUUGUCACAUACAGAUAGUUAUAUUUAUUUGAAUGCGAUUCGAUGCCUAUCAGCUAUGGGCUGUAUAUUAACGGACAAAGUAUUAAAUCUAUUGUUAAAUCAAUUCACUAAGAGUGUGCAGACUACCAAUAAACCAGCAAAUUCUAUUGGUACCAUGGUCACUAGUACUACUGGCGAUUAUGAUAUUGAAUAUAAAUUGAAAUUAGCUGAAUCUAUAAUGCGUGUUUUGUCAAAUUUAGGUAAUCUUUUUAUUGUUAUUUACGAAAAUAAUUCAUCAUAAAUUAUAGGUUAAUUGUUUUGUUUUUCUUUGAAUACAUUUAACUUUGUUUAUGUGUGUGUUUUACAAAUUAUUAUCUUUGAUAAUUUUCAACACAACUGUCUUGUUGGAAUUUGAACCAAGACAGAAUUGUAUCAAACUGUAGUUUUUCUAUGUUUUUGUCUUUCAUUCAUCAUAUAAACUUUAAUGCAUUUAAAUAUGUCUCGGGCUAAAUCUUCAAAAAAAGAAAUUAAUAUUUGUAUUGAUAUUUUAAGGUGAAAUGGCACCAAAGUAUCGAACAGAGGUGUUUAACUCUUUUGUCAUGGGAUCUAAGUCAUCUGAAGAGUUAAUACGAGCAGCUUGUCUUUCGAAUAUUGCUGAGCUUGUUCGAUUGUUAAAAUAUUCUGUUCAACCAAUCAUUUAUGAGAUUUUUUUGUUGAUCGAAUUUCAUUUAUCUCAAGAUGUAUCAAAUGUAGUUCGUAAAGCUUCAGCAUAUUUAGCACGCUCUUUAUUCUUACCAGAAACUAGUACCACCGAAUUACCCCCAUGGAUUCCAUCUGAUGUGAUUCGUGACCUUCAUAGGCUAUUGUCAACGCGUCGAAUCAUUGAAAAGGAUUCAUCUGUACAGGAACAAAUUGAAUCAGCUCUUGCUCAAAUAGAUUUAUGUACACGAAAUACUGUGUUUUUAAAACCUGAUAGUCCAUCUAAUCUUGUAAAACAAAUACAUAUUUUAAACCCAUAAAGUUAUCUCUUACCAAAAUAUACUUGUUUUGCCCG